UCACCGGAAGUAUUUCAGUUCGAUACCCGUAGUUCAUUGAGUGACAGUGAUGCGAAUGUCAAAAAUAGCAAAUGUCAAGAAAACAAUGUUGCACAACCGAAAAUAUAGCGAUUCGUAUAUUUACAGCUUGGGUACUUACUACAAUGUAUUUGAUAUGCCUACGCCACUGAAUAUUGUUGUGGCAACCGGUGCAAUAUUGUAAAUUAAUCAAAUAUUGUAAAACAUUUUAGACAGUUCCAUGACGGAAAGUUUGUUCCCAUUUUUACGCGUUCGUACUACCGGACACUUGGCAGUGUUUCUAAUUAUUUGUGUUUAAAAAUACUUUACUUAUUCUCGCGUGUUGUAAAUGUGCCAGUGGCUUAGUUUUUGUCACGAAUUGGGCAAGUUUGGUGCUUUAAGCAUUUUCCUUUGAUUGAAAAUUAUCAUUCGUUACCAACUCAGUUCGUGGUGUGCGACUUAAGUUGUCGAAGAUUCAGAGUAAAUGUAAUAAAAAUGUGCUCCAGGGGUAUGAAUUUGUCGCCGAUUCCGGGUGAUAAUUUCGUCGUCGUGAAUUCGCCAAAUUAUUUGCGAGUGGAUUCCUUUGUUGAUGAAGAUCGCGCAGGAAAUGAAAGUCCUUCAUCCUUUAUUGCUGCUGCAUCAUUUGCCGAUACAGAACCGGAGUUGCCGAACGAAAUCUCUGCACCAUACGAAGUGCCACAAUUUCCAAUCGAACAAAUCGAAAAGAAAUUACAGAUUCAAAGGCAGUUGAAUACAAAGGUUUUGGAAGACAGACGUAGCCAUUACGAACCUUCGGUGCCAGGUGCACCAGAAAUCGAGGAUAUAGAUGAACACGAUCUCUAUGUUCCACACUUCCAGAGAGUCUCUAUAUCGGGAGAAGACACCAGUGGGGUGCCUUUGGAAGAUCUAGAAAGGGCUUCGAAGCUUCUUAUUCAGGCUCUCGAGCUCAGAAAACGUUACAUGAAAAUGUCAUUCCAGAGUUUUUCUUCAACUGCCGCCAGAUUUCUGGACCCUGACAAAGAACAAGAGCAACAUGAUGAUAAACAAACCAUUGAAGAUGAAGAUUACAUCGCCUUGUUGUCAAGAACGGCAAGAACUUCAUUUGACGAUGUCUUGUUGACCUGUUUGACUAAAGAAAACUAUGAAAGAAUUAUAAAAGGUUUCGCAGAACAUGGUAUUCACCAUCCUCCCAUAUAUCAGCCGUGGGACGCGCCCAUAAUACCCGAGACAGAACACGUUUUUAAAAAUCACAAUGGAGUGUACAAUGUAUAUCCGAACGAAGAAGCGUUAAGAAAUGGAAAACCAUGCGACUACGAAUAUAUUGAUGUUAUCCAAUUUACUUCUGACUUUUAUACUAUGUGUAACAUGAUCGCCGACGGACCACUAAAAUCCUUCUGCUAUCGUCGUCUAAGUUACCUGUCAUCCAAGUUCCAGCUGCACGUACUCUUGAAUGAGCUACGUGAAUUGGCAUCUCAGAAAGCCGUACCUCAUAGAGAUUUCUACAACAUUCGUAAGGUGGACACUCACAUUCAUGCCGCCUCAUGCAUGAACCAAAAACAUUUGCUCCGUUUUAUCAAGAAAACCCUAAAGAAUAACGCCGACGAAGUAGUCACCGCCAAUGGAGGUCGUAAGAUGACUUUAAAAGAAGUGUUCCAGGUCGGUAUACAAGAGGAUGAAGUUAUAGAUUUAUCGAUGAAUUUGACACCGUUCGAUCUCACAGUAGAUAUGCUCGAUGUUCAUGCUGACAGAAACACGUUCCAUCGUUUCGAUAAGUUUAAUGCUAAAUAUAAUCCAAUCGGGGAGAGCAGGCUGCGUGAAGUCUUUCUAAAAACGGAUAAUUACAUUAACGGAAAAUACUUUGCGAGUAUUAUAAAAGAGGUCUGCAGCGAUUUGGAGGAAUCCAAGUAUCAAAAUGCGGAACUUCGUCUGAGUAUCUACGGCAAGAGCAAGAACGAAUGGGACAUGCUAGCUGCGUGGGCCAUUGAAUCCAACGUCUAUUCAGAAAAUGUUCGCUGGCUGAUCCAAGCGCCCAGACUUUUCGAUAUCUUCAAAUUAAACAAGGUGCUGACCAACUUCCAGCAAGUUAUCGACAACAUAUUCGUGCCUUUAUUCGAAGUGACCGCUCGUCCCAGUUCUCACCCCGAGCUCCACAAAUUCCUUCAAUACGUGGUUGGGUUCGAUUCUGUCGACGACGAAAGUAAACCCGAAAAAAAUCCGCUUUUUGACAAGGACACGCCUAAACCCGAAGACUGGACCGAUGACGAAAAUCCAAACUACGCGUACUACAUGUAUUACAUGUACGCAAACCUUACCGUGUUGAACCACUUUAGGGCCGAGAAAGGCCUACCGACUUUCGUCCUGAGACCGCAUUGUGGAGAAGCCGGGCCGAUCCAGCAUUUGGUAUGCGGCUAUAUGCUUUCGGAAAAUAUUUCCCACGGUUUGCUAUUGCGAAAAGUUCCGGUACUUCAGUAUUUGUAUUAUUUGGCUCAGAUCGGUAUCGCAAUGUCACCGUUGUCAAACAAUAGUCUAUUUUUGAAUUACCAUCGCAAUCCGUUACCCGAAUAUCUGGCCAGGGGUUUGGUGAUAUCUUUGUCUACCGACGACCCGCUACAAUUUCACUUUACCAAGGAACCUUUGAUGGAGGAAUAUUCGAUUGCCGCCCAAGUAUGGAAGUUGUCUAGCUGUGAUAUGUGCGAGUUAGCGCGAAACAGCGUUCUGAUGUCUGGUUUUCCACAUAAAACUAAGCAAUAUUGGCUUGGACCAAAUUAUACCAAAGAAGGUGUGGCUGGUAACGACAUAGCGAGAACCAAUGUACCGGAUAUUAGAGUAGCUUUCCGUUAUGAAACGCUUAUAGAUGAAUUGUCGAACAUCUUCAAAAACCACAAGCUGGAAAUGGAAGAUAACUAGGAUUAUUUUUUUUUCGUAGAUCAGUGCCAAUUUAAAAGAAAUUGUAUUCUGUAAACGAAUAUUCAAGUUAAACAUCUUAUAUUCUUAUAGAGCGAAUUUUAUUCGUAUCAUUUUGAUUUAAUCUUUGUAUAUUUUUGUAUUUCUUUUUACACUUUCCAAAUUAGUGAUUGAUGGCUUUACUAGAAAUAUUUAUUAUCCAUUUAGUUUCUUUUGAAAUUGUUGUUACAACAAAAAUGUUUGUUACAAUAAAAAAAACCAAAAGAGAUGUUACUAAAACAAAAGUGUAUUUAUUUACAAACCAAUAAAU